UCAUGUAAAAUUGAAAUGUGUAAAUUAGGCAAAUUUGCAGAUGUAUUUAUGUGGAUAUGACUUAAUAAAUAAAUAAAUAAAAUACAUGCGUAUGGAUCGUGACAUAUAGUGGAUCGUGGUACACAUUUGUGGAUUGUCUUCUGUGGAUUACAAGUAUUAUAGUCCAAUAAAAACUUCCAUAGCAGCUUUCACAAACUGGGCUCAGUGCCUUACCAAAGGUGCUGCAGUCACUUUUAUGUUAAAGGGACAUAGACCCUGUGAAUAAAUGAAGGCAUACUGCUUUCUCACUGCAUUUAGUCUUUUUCAAAACCCAUUCAAAUCUGAUGGGAGAACAGUACUUGUGUUUUCAGGCAGUUUGAGGUUCACAUGACAAAAAACUAAACAAUAGUGUGUUGUAGUGUUGAGCGUGUUGUCAGAUCUUUUCAGUCAUCUUACUCUCUCCUUGGUUCUGUUGUGUAGACGGGGGAGUUACGGACGAAGAUGAGUCAGUCUAAUGAGGAUAGCCUGACCAGCGUGGGCUGGAAUCCAGAUGGUAAACGCUUUGUCACCGGCGGACAGAGAGGCCAGUUCUACCAGUGUGACAUGGAUGGAAACCUGCUGGACUCAUGGGAAGGAGUUCGGGUGCAGUGCCUGUGGUGUCUGAGUGACGGCCGGACCGUCCUUGCAUCCGACACCCACCAACGCAUUCGUGGAUACAACUUUGAGGACCUGACCGACAAAAACAUGUAAGUCACCACCAUGACUGGGCGGAGGAACCUCAACACCGUCUUUUUCUGCUCUUUGUCUGCACAUAAUGUAACCAAACCUUCAUUUUGGAUUUCACUCCAGCCUCUAAAGCCAGACAGGGGUGACGUUAUAAAGCAGUGAUUGCCAACCUAAUUGACUUGUGAUCGAUUCAUCAAUACAGAAAGCAAAUCAGACAUGACAUUGGUUUUCAUGGCCUUUACAUGCACGUAAAAAACAAAUCAUAUCAUAUGUGUAUGAAAAAGGCAGAGUGAAGCACUGAACUCCAGCACCCAAAAAUGAGCCGACAAGCGUUCAUCACAUUGCACAACUUAACAAAACUGGAAUGAAAAAAAAUAACUUGGUCACUGCUAGGGAUGUCAAUAAUGAAUCAAUUAACAUAAAAAUGAACCACUUCAAAAUAUAUUAACUGAUAAUAGCAAAGACGAGGGACGUCUGGUGUUACCGUUGCAGAAAAUCUUGUGUAGAUUUGCUGUAGUUGUGUGGUUAUACAGCAAAAGCAACACACAGUGUUAAGGCACUGGGUGGAGUCUCUUACCUUUGAAUGAGAUUGAGUUACAUGUAGAGGUGGAUCGGAACAUAAACUUCAGGGUUCGGUAUGUACCUCGGUUUUGUGGUUAAGGUUAGGUAUGUUUUCAGUACAGCAGAGAAAACAUAAUUACUAAUAAUAGUAAAGAAUCAAUUGUUUUCCCAUUUAUUACAAAUGUAAACAUUCAACAGAGGCUCAUUGUCCAUAAAUAAUAACAUAUUGUCAUUAAGAAAUAAUAAAUAUCUCAAUAUCUGUAGUAAAAAUGUAAUGCUCCAUCGUAAAGCUGUUGAUAAUUCCUGAACUGCAGCUUGCAGUCAUUUAUACAGGGCAGACAUAACAGACACAGACGCAUUGUAUCGGGUUCAAGCGCUUUGACCAUAAUGUGGUUUGCAUAAAUGCAGUUGCUUUGGCUCGCUCUGAAUCUGCAGUUGGAGGCUGCCUGAAUGCUGUCUGGAGCAGGUGCUGACUUCCAGUCUGUUUUUGUUUCGUUCUGUUCAGCGACACAUUCGGGUGAUGCCGUCGUAAAUGUAAUGUUUGAAGGGUAUCCACAGAUAUAUCAGACUUCAUUUGAAAUGCUUGAGUAACCGGGCUAAGAUGAUUUUUACAUAGGCUAAGCAUUACCCCAAAAGCCCCCAAUAGCCCAUGAACUAAGGAAUAGUAAUCUUACAUUAUUCAUUGGGCAUCAACAUGAAUUAUUAUUAGUUAUCCUCAAAUGGACAGCGCUGUUUGUUGUGUGGAGAGGGUGCAUGUUGACAGUCUCAACAAAGCCAGGUCUUUUAUUUUAUAUGUUGGCAUCGGCUACAGUCUAUUUAUUUGUUUGUUAAUAGGCCUGAAAUAAGUGAGC